CAUUUCUGGUCGAUCUGUCGACAUCUCUUGGCACAAACGGACACACACGCACGUACGGACAUACGCACAACACUCACCCUCCGUCCGAACUUGCACAAGUUCGAAGCCGAAAAAAUUUCCCGCGAGAAUUUUCCAUUCAGUGAUUUUGGUUUUUUUAGUGAUUUUUCCACUUGGCCAGUUCGGGGAAUUGUUCGGGAUUUUAUCCUGGAAAAGUUGCGGGUUGCUGGUCCUUCGCUCAGGGAUUGAGCAAACGCCAAGAUGGCGUGGUCCCAUUCAGAUACUAUGUGUCUGAACCUGCUGGUGCUCUUUCUGGUUCCAGUCAUAUAUUCAGCUCCCUUAUCUGAACUUGGUUCGGACAAUCUCGGAUACUACCCAGUUUCUGAUAAGACAGGAUGUUAUUACAACUUCCAACACUACGAUGAAGGAGACAGGAUAUUCACGAAUGAGCCAUGUUUGAACUGUACCUGCCACAACAAAAUGCUCAUGUGUUACUUGAGAGUUUGCCCGUUCGUGAAAGCUUACGGUGAUAACUGCAGGGUAGAGAAGCGUGCCGAUUUGUGCUGUCCAAUCAUUACAUGCCCCGAAGUUCCAGUGCCUUUGAUUCCGUCCAACGAAACACAAACCUCUGACGGCACUGCCAUAGCUCGACCAGAUGAUUUUGGAUGUACCAUUGACGGCCUCUUCUAUGCUGAUGGUGUCAGAAUACCUGGAGAUCCAAACAAACCUUGCGAACUGUGCUACUGUAUCAGGAACAAAACUGCGUGUGUUAUGCAAGAAUGUACACUGAAAAUCCAAGGAUGCACCCCUGUCUAUCACAAGGAUAUUUGCUGCCCAAUUCGCUACGACUGCGAUCGCCCAGCUUUGGAAGGACCAUCAGACAACGAAGGCGGUUUGAUUUUCACGACAACGACCAGCACGACUACCACAACGACAACCACAACAACCACUGAACCAACAACAACAACAGCAGCAACUUCCAAUUGUUACUUCAAUGACCAGAUUUAUUUGGACGGUGAAAAACUCCAGAAGGAAAAACCAUGCGAAUCGUGCUAUUGUAUGAAAGGUCACAUUGUAUGCGCCGUUCAAGAAUGUGCCCCUACACCAUUAGAAAAAAUCAACUGUACGGCUCUGCCUCCCCUCGAAGGAGAAUGUUGUCCUUCUCAAUACGAAUGUGAAAAUAUGUCAGGUGAUCUUUCAACGACCGAACAUUAUGCAGUAACAGCUUCAGGAGUUACAGAUAUUUAUGGCAUUCCAAUGGUUCCAUUGGACACCACACUUCAUUCUGAGGUCACAGCUAGCAGUGAAUCAGAAGAUAUAAGUGGCGACUCUAUCACUUCUUCACCCGAAGAAUCAGGUCCUAGAGAGAGAACAACUCUUAGAUCCAGUUCGGAAGAAGAAUCAACUGAAAACUCUAGUGGAAUAGAAGAAAGUUCAUCUGAAGAGCCAUCAAGCUCUUCUACUGAAGAGAAAAUAACAAUGUCUGAACACGGUGAAGAUGCCCGACCAACUAUUCCUUCAGAAUCUCAGGUAACAACUGAACAACAAGAGGAAAGUGUGACAGAACAACAUGACGUUAUUGCUGAAGGAAGCAAACCGACUGAAAAAGAGACAGCCAUCCCAACAACCACUGGAAAACCCAUGGUAGAACAACCAGUGAAUAACGAUGACCAUCAAGAAGGUCCUGCCUCAGAUGACACCGCUGCUGAAGAUGAAAAAGAGUCCGAAGAACAAACCACUCCUGAGAAAAUCAAUGAAGUUUCGAAUGCAGAGGUAACAACUAUAAGUCAAGUAACUGAAGAACACUCUUCAAAUGAGAACCCAGAGAAAUCCACUGAAAUUCCAAGUUCUAUUCACGAUUCGAAAGAAAGUACUCCAAAAGAAGAAGAAUUUGGACCAUCCACCCCAAGUGAAGAAAUCCAAACAGCAAAAUCAGCUUCCGCAAUUGGUGGACCGCCUAAAGAACAAGAGGUAGCUACUACACUGCUACCAAAUGUUGAAGACAUUUCAGAGGAAGUAUCUGCGGAACAAACUACGAAAGCACAAAUUCUGGAAACUGAAGAUAAUACUAAUGACUCUCAAACUACAGAAAAAUCUGAAGACAACCUCACAGAAUCCCCACAAGUCCAGGAGAAUGUUCCUAUUUCAGAAAGUAAACCAGAAGAGAAGCCAUCUUCAGUAACAGAAAUGAACCCAAUUACAUCAGAAAAUAUCUCAACAGAAAAUCACACCGACUCAGAAUCUCAACAGACUGAAAGAACUACUGAAUCGAUUGAAUCUGAAGAGAAAAUAGUUACUACCGUUCCUACGAUAUCAGAGGAAAUAACUCAAGGAGCACAAGAAGCGGAGGCUAUACCAGAAUCUACUGAGCACCAAGAAAAACCACAAGAGAAUAUUGGAAAUGAGUCUUCUGGUUCUGAAAGUACUACGAUGAAAGAAGAAAAUGGAACUACAGAAAAUGUUAAAGCAUCUGAGGAAACUACGGUAUCAGCUACUACUAAGGGAACGAUUACUGAAAGUACUUCAGUGGAUAAUAAACAAGACAGCUCAGAAAGUGGUAUAAGCACAGAGAAAAUCGACGAAACUCCAGCUUCAACAGAUGAACCAAAAAUAGUAAAUGAACAAACAACUGUUCCCGAAUCUACUGAAGAAUAUUCGGGAGAAUCUUCUUCAACUGAAGCUUCACAUCCAACCGAAAAGUCAACUAAUGAAGAUGAGAAUAUCAGUUCAACCACUCUUGAUAAUAAGCAAUCCGAAAUAUCAGGAACAACUGAAGGAUCUUUGAACAAUGUAUCGGAAACAAAACCAGAUGAAACUACCAUCAAAGAAAAGGAUGAGGUUUCUACUGAAUACGCACAUUCUGUUGAACAUCAAUCAUCGACUUCCACUGAAUCGGUCACAAUCCAGACCUCAGAUGAAACUACCAGUUAUAUCCAACCAGAAUCGCAUUCAACAGAAUUGCAUGGAGUUGAACCUGACAUCAAGGCAACAGAAGCAACAACAGAAUAUCAUGGAUCAUCAGAACAAGUCACUGAACAGAAGUUACAAGAAACAACUAUCCUCAACUCAUUGAUUGAAAGUUCUAAUGAUGCUGGUUCUGAGAUAACAUCAGAUAAAACGACAGAGAACAAGCUGCCAGAAUCAACAGAAAAACACCAUAUUCCAGAAGUAUUCACUGAAGAUGAUUCGGAAACAACUCUUUCUAGUGCUUCAGUUGAAAACUCUUCAGAGGAAAACGAAAACAAAUACCAAACAAGUUCUGAAAGCUUGGAAAUAUAUGAUGCCAGCAUAACUCCUGACUUUGAAUCAACUGAAAAAUACACACCAGAUAAAUCAUCUACCGAAAUUCCCUCUUCUAAUACUUCUCCAAAAUCAGAGGAAAAAACAACAGCAGGAGUAUCGCAAGAAACUCUAUCUGUAGAUAGUCAAGAACAACCUGUUACAACCGAAUCUAAUCAAGGUGAUUCCAUAACAGAGAAAUCAGUUUCGACGUCCACUGAAUCCUCCCAUUCUCAAGAACCAAAGAUUCCAUCUGCGUCAAAUGAGAGUGGAUCAGAUGAAACUUUGACACCAACGACCGAAUCUUCGGAAAGUCAUCCAACUACCGAAGAACGUUUGGUGCCAGGAGAAGGAAGUUGCUUGGUUGAUGGUGUAACCUACGAAAACAAUGCUCACAUUGAUCCAAUUAAUCAAUGUCAAGUUUCUUGCAAAUGUAUCAAUUCCAUCGUUAAAUGCGAAUCAGUUCAGUGUGAUCCUCCUGCUGCUGAUUUACAAAAUUGUAUGGCUGUCUAUCCAGGACCUGAGAGUUGCUGCCCUAUAUACAAUUGUGCCACACCUGGAGAGCAGUCUAUGGAAUCUGAUAGUCAAAAGAAGGAACAUGAAAAUGAGAAGCCUACAAUAUCAUCUGUUCCUGAAACAUCAGAGUCUAGCGAAAAACCUGUAGAUGCCAGUGAGGAUAAUACUGAACAGAAUGAAGUAGAAAUAGCAACAAAGGAAGUCCUUGUCUCUGAAAAUGCAUCAGAAUCAACAGAAAAAUAUAUACCAACAGCAACAUCUGAACCCUCAAAGGAAUAUGAAAAUCCAUCUUCAACGAAUGCAAGCGGUGAGGAACCAACUGGAUCUGAUGGAAAAGAAACUGAAAAACCGAUUGACGAAAUAACGAAUGGGGUAACAAGUGAAAAAGAGAAAGAACCAGAGAACCAAAGUACGGAAAGUUAUUCAAAACCAGAAUUAAAUUCAUCUGAAGAAGUGACAAUAUAUAUUGGAGGAACUCCCACUACGGAAAGUUCAACAUACACCAAACAAGAACAUUCAAAUGAGGACGUAGCAGUUACUGAGCCAGUAUUACAAGAAUCUGAAGAAGAUAAGACAACAAGUAGAACAACAGCGAUUGUUAAUGAAUCCACAGAACCAAGCGAAUCAAAUGAAAACAUUCCUUCGAAAGAAAAUGAAUUACCAGAAAAAGAAACACCUUCAAAGGUAGACACUGGAAAAGAACAAGAAACACCAUCAUCAUCUCAGGUUGCCAUUACUGAAGGAGAAGUUAAUGAAAUCAGCACCAAGCCCAAUAUUGAAGUAAUUCCUGAAUCAUAUUCCACUGAGGAAUCUUUGGAGGAACAAAAACCGAUUGAGACAAUGACUGAGAAAGUAUCUCAUUCCGAGAAUAUACCUGAUAAUCGAGACCAAACAACUAUACAAGUAGAAGAGACUACAAGUCCUGUAGAAAAAGAAAAACCAUUCACUUCCAGACCUGCUACUGAAGAACAAAACCAAGGAAUCACUACUGAAAAAUCACUCGAAGCUGAAAUUACAACUCAGAAAUUGGUUGAUGCAACUUCCAGUGAAUAUUCUCCUUCUGGUGUUACUUCGACAGAAAAACAAUUGACUGAAGAACAAUCGCCCUUCACAUCCCCCACUGUCGAUGAGAAACAGGACACAACAGAAAAGGACUCCACAAAAGCAGCAAAUGAACCAUACACUAGUAGACCUUCGAUUGAACCCUCUGCUACAACAGAAUCUUCCGAAAAACCAGAAGCACCAAUACAUGAUGAUGUGAACAAUGAUUUCGAAGGAGAAGAAAAUGUUGAAUCUUCUAGUCCAACGCAACCACACGUUAUUCCAGAAGUUUCAGAAUCGUCCUCUUCCAGUCAAUCUAACGAGAAUACUGAAAGUCCAGUAACCGAAAAAUUAAUUCCAGGAGGAGAAAGUGAAGAAAGUAAUAAACCAAGUGAGGAAGAAACAACUGAGCCAGAACAUGUGACUGUACCAGAUGAUUCCAAGCCAGAAAUGCCCGAAAAUGAUAACUUGGUAACUGAAGUACCCUCAAUUGUUCAAGAGAGUCACGAAACUACUACACAACAAGUGAAUAAACAACCAGAAACAACGAUGUCCUCAGUAGAAAGUGAAUCUAGUGACAAUGUUCCAGAGCAAAAUAAUGAAGGAGAUGAAAAGCCAUCUUUCCAUAUGGAUGCAUCAAAUGAAGCUGUUGGAGGAAGUUCGGAAGAAUUAACGACGGUUAAGACAUUUGUUACAGAUAAACCAAUAGUCGAAAGUCAUGAAACCCCAUUAGAAGCUAAUGCACCUGUGGAGCAUGAUACUGUAACCAAUAAAAUACCUGAGGAAGUUUCUACAGAAUCUUCAGUAUCGGCAGAAAAAGAAUCAUCAUCAAUCGACUCGACUGAAGGAACUCACCAGGAAGAAAUAACGAACCCCGAGACUGAAACUGACCAACAAAGCAAGCAAACCACCGAAAAAUCUGCUGAAUCGACAGAAUCCUUGGCCGAGAAGAAAACGACUGUUGCUGCGGAGGCUUCUUCAACCGAAGGAACAUCAGUAGAAGAUAUUCAUGUCAUGAGUUCAACUGAAAGUGAAUCCUUGGAACCAGCUACUGUGAAAGCAUCUGAAAGUGCUACAGAAACUGCUGAAAUUUCUUCUGAACAAACGGAAUCUGAUGAAAAGCAAGUAACAACUCCAAAAUCUCUUGAGAUAACAGAGAUACCAAUUGAAUCAGAUCAUCCUACCGAAACCUCUGAAACAACAGGUCCUGUCAUUUCUGAGCAUGAAACUGAGGACAAAAUCGAAUCAACAGAAAAAUCCAAUGUAGUGAUAACUGAAGGACCACAAAGUACUAAAACUCAUGAUAGUUCAACAGAGAGUUAUGAACAGACAAAUACUGAAUCUGUAUCAUUAGAUAAAGAAGCUACACCGGCUACAACUCAAAAAUCUGAAAUAAUUCAUGAUACUGAUGUAACGAGUGAAGAAACAGGUCAGUCUUCUACAGAAGAUAUCAACAAACAUUCAACGAGUGGACAAGAACAUGAAACAACGGAAAAAUCUCCAGUAUCAACUGAGGAGAAGACGUCUUCGACUGAAUCUGAAGAAGAAACCAAUCAAUUCUCAACAGAAUCAAUAAAGUUCGAUCAUGAAGACAAACAGACCACAACUCAAAAAUCAUUAGAAUCGAAUGAACCAACUGAAACCAGUGACUCGAAUGAUAUCGAAUCAAACUCUGUCAACAACGAUGAUCAAUCAACCGAAUUAUCUAAUCAAGAUAAUGAAGUCACCACUAGUAAGAACUCAAAAGAGGUAACUGAAACAUCUGACUCAAUCAAGGAAGUAACCACUAGCAAGAUACCAAUUGGGGUAGAUGAAAGUACAAAUAUUGCAGAUACGGAAACUUCUUCCCAACAAUCCUCAAGCGAAACUUCGAAACAAGAAUCUACUGAAUCAUCAGUUUACGAUAAGGAUGAUCAAUCUAAAACGACCGUUGUUACAGAAACAUAUGAAAAAGAAACUACUAACGCAUCGGACGAACUUGUGAAAUAUUCUACUGAAUUACCAAAACACGAUUCAUCGGAAGAAACAAUAGAUGAUGUAGAAAAGACACAAACAACCGAAAAGUCCUUUGAAUCCACUGAGUCAUUUGACGAAAACAACAAAGUUGAUUCGACAGGGUCAGACAAGCAUGAAUCAACAGAAAUAGUAUCAGAAAGUUCUUCAGCAUCAUCUGAAUCUGGAUCUGAAGAACAAGAUGUAACAACAGCAAAAUCCGAUGAUGCUGAACCAAGUGAAUCUGGCUCUGUUGAACAAGAAGGAACUACACCAAAAUCUGCUGAUGCCAAACCAACUGAAUCUGAAUCUGGUUCUAUUGAAGAACAAGCAACAACAGCAAAAUCCGAUGAUGUUAAACCAACUGAACCUGAAUCUAUUGUCAAAGAAGUUACAACCGCAAAAUCAGCUGAUAUUAAACCAACUGAAUCUGAAUCUGUUGGACAAGAAGUGUCAACAACAAAAUCUGCUGAUGCUAGACCAACUGAAUCUGAAUCAGUGGAACAAGAAGCGUCAACAGCUGAAUCCACUGAUACUAAAUCAACUGAGUCUGAAUCUGUUGAACAAGAAGUGACAACAGCAAAAUCUGAUGAUGUUAAACCAACUGAAUCUGAAUCUGUUGAACAAGAAGCGACGACAGAAAAAUCAGCUGAUGCCAAACCAACUGAAUCUGAAUCUGUUGAACAAGAUGCGACGACAGCAAAAUCAGCUGAUGCCAAACCUACUGAAUCUGAAUCUGUGGAACAAGAAGUAACAACAGCAAAAUCAGCUGAUGCCAUACCAACAGAAUCUGGAUCUGUAGAACAAGAUGUAACAACAGCAAAAUCCGAUGAUGCUGAACCAAGUGAAUCUGGCUCCGUUGAACAAGAAGGAACGACACCAAAAUCUGCUGAUGCCAAACCAACUGAAUCUGAAUCUGGUUCUAUUGAAGAACAAGCAACAACAGCAAAAUCCGAUGAUGUUAAACCAACUGAACCUGAAUCUAUUGAACAAGAAGCGACGACCGCAAAAUCAGCUGAUAUUAAACCAACAGAAUCUGAAUCUGUGGAACAAGAAGUGACAACAUCAAAAUCAGCUGAUGCUAAACCAAUUGAACCUGAAUCUUUUGAACACGAAGUGUCAACAGCAAAAUCUUCUGAUGCUAAUCCAACUGAAUCUGAACCUGUUGAACAAGAAGCGUCAACAUCUAAAUCUACUGAUGCUAAACCAACUGAAUCAGACUCUGUUGAACAAGAAGUGACAACAGCAAAAUCUGCUGAUACUCAACCAACUGAAUCUGAAUCUGGUUCUAUCGAAGAACAAGCAACAACAGUAAAAUCCGCUGAUGUUAAACCAACUGAAUCUGCAUCUGUUGAACACGAAGCAACGACAACAAAAUCAGCUGAUGCCAAACCUACUGAAUCUGAAUCUGUUGAGCAAGAAGCGUCUACAGCCAAAUCCACUGAUGCUGAACCAACUGAAUCUGUUGAAGAAGAAAUGUCAACAGGAAAAUCCACUCAUGCUAAACCAACUGAAUCUGAAUCUGUUGGACAAGAAGCGACAACGCCAAAAUCUGUUAAUGCUGAGCCAACUGAAGAACAAAACAAGAUUACAACCCAGAAACCAUCUGAAGAAGUUCAACCGACUGAAGGAGAUAACUCUGAACCCGCAUCAAAGGUAACAACUGUACCUUCAGUAACCAAUGAAGAUGUUGCUGUCACCGAGAAAGAUGAAACAGUUUCUUCUGAUUCCUCCGCAGAAGAAGAGGAAUCACAUGAAGAAACUACUAUUAAAGCGGAAUCACCAGUGGAGAUUCAAACAGAAGCUAUCAAGACUGUAGAAAAAGAGACAGAAAAAACUGAAUCACAGCAAACAACCUCAUCACCAGAAUCGGAAAGCUCUCCAGAGACAGUAGAAGAAGAUAAACCUUCAACAUCAUUGCCAGUUCAACAGGAAGAAAAGGAUGAGGUGUCUUCUUCGCCUGUUGUUCCAGAAGAAAUAGUCACUAGCCCUAAGUCAGUUUAUAGUGAUUCCGAAUCAACAUCGGAAGAAGAGGCUGAAGAAGUAUCCAGUGAGCCUUCUUCUAUUACCGAUCAGAAAGAGGUACAUGCAACUGAAUCAGUUUCAUCAGAAUCUACAACAGGCCUUCCGAAAGAAGAAACAACAUCGAAAUCUGGAGACGCCUCUAGCGAAACUACAGAAGAAGCUAUUCGACCAUCUUCUGAAACAGUAACCGAUAAAAUUGACCGAACAACUCAGUCGUCAUUCAGUUCAACCAUUGAAUCUAUCACCGAUAAUAAGAUUGCAGAUGAAAUAAGCACUGAAAAAUCACAUGUUCUCUCGGCGGAGAAGAAUGAAGGAGAAAAACCAAUCGAAGAGGCCGCACCAUCGACUGAUUCUUCGGUAAACAAAGAAUCUGACGAAAAGGUGACCACGCCACCACAAUACAAUGCAACACAAGAAACUGAAGUCACUAAACAAUAUCAAGAACCAAGCUCAACUGAAAAGAUCGGCUCACAAGAACUUGAUAUUCUCCCUGAUAACGAGAAAGAGUCUGACAAGGAAUCAGAAAAAAUACCUGAAACGACAACGACCUUCAUAAAAAGGCCAAUCGGAGAUGAAAUGACAACUUCCAAACAGUUCCUAGAAAAAGAAACUUAUCGACCAACAACGCUCUCACAAUUCAUCCCUACAGUUGUUACUACCACCACAACUGCCGAGCCUGAUAAACUGCCAAGUAUUCCUGAUUACUCAGAACCAGAAUAUGAAGACAACGGAGAUGAGUUCGGUCCUGGAACUUGUCGUUAUGGUGGAAAAGUCUACGUGUCUGCUCAGCAGAUCCCAAGGGACGACCCCUGUGAUUUCUGCUUCUGUUUCAGAAGUGAUAUAAUUUGCUUGCAACAGAGCUGUCCACCACCGAUCAGAAACUGCCACCAGGAACCGAUCAGAGGAUUCUGUUGUCCAAGAUACGAAUGUCCGGUCAAUAUGGCUGUAUCGAUGAAUUUCACAACGACAACAUCUACUACCACGACUACCCUUCCACCGCAUUUCCUUUCUCACGCUUAUAAAGGAAAAGCGAAGAAAACUGGGUGUUUGAUCGACAAUCGGGCUUACCAAGUGGGCGAUUUCAUUCCAUCAGCAUCAGGACCAUGCCUUCAGUGCAAGUGUGGAGGAAAUGGACAAAUGGAGUGUAAUCCAGUAGUUUGCAGUCCGAGUCCAAUGUUGGAGCAGAUGUUAACGGUAGCAGCGACGUCGAAGAGAAGAAGAUGAAUCUGAUGUUCCUAACAACGAAUAGUGACAACCGUACACAGUCGACUAGACUAGUACAAGUGAUACAGACUUUUUUUAAUUGAAGAAUAUCGUGAACAGGACUUAAAACCACUGCAUUAUGCAUUCUUGGGUGCCAAAAAAACAUAUUGAACUGUUGUUUAUUAUCGAGGAUGUGCCUUUUAGGAGUUAACCUAUCCAGAUCGGAUAGUUUCCACUUGAAGAGUGAUAGGGCGACAUUUCACUGAGACACAGAGCUGGUUCGGUCUCUACAAUUAUUUAAUGUUUUUUCAAUUGAUAUAUGGACUUCUCUCCAACUCACCGAACGAGUCAUCAGAUCAUCACUGAUGCAAAUUCGAUGAGUGUGGAAGCCUAGUCCUAGCUAUUUUCAUUAUUCUAGUCCAAGUUAUCGUUAACUCUGUCGAUAACGACCUUGUUGGAAGUUAAAAUUAGUAAUAUGCAGGUUUUCCUAACUACAAUUCGAGAUUGAUUAAUGAUUAGAAAGUACCAGCUCUGGGACUCAUUCAAAACAACCAAGUUCGUAUAGUAAAUCUGGAUUAAGGUAAUAGCGUGUUGAAAAGCAACGACUGAAAUGCAAAUUUUACACUUUUGUAUUUAGAAUCUUUUAGAAUCCAUUUCGAUGAGCCAUUUUACAUUUUAAUGGGCCCUCUUUUAGUAUAAAUUUGUUGCGUAUCCGCAUCGAGAUCUAAACUGUUUGACUGGCAGAAGAUUAUUUUUAUUUCUAUCAAAUUUUCACUUUUCUAUCGGGACUUGUUCUGCCACUUGAACGUUUAGGCUGUCAUUUGUAUAUUUAUGGAUGCUCAAUAUAAUUAUGAAUAAGUAGAAUAUGUAGUAUUUAUCUCUUGAAAUGAAUAAAUUAUGUAAAAGAUGAAA